AUGGAGGGCGCAGAAGCCGAAAGGCCAACAUGGAGCCGGGCGUCGAGCCGGAGAGAAUUCCUGCGCACGUAUAAGGCCUGCAUGUCGUGUCGUCAGCGCAAAGCGAAGUGUGAACUCGGUGGGAACAAUGAUCGCGGGAUUCCGCCAGGCCCACCAUGUCUACGGUGUCGCAGAGAGCAGCGGAAUUGUCAGUUCAGCGAGGACCGGGCUUGGGCGCGAAAGAAAAAGAAGGCCGAUGCUAAUGCGGAUGUGGAGGAAACCAACCAGCCGAACCAAUCGGCUCAUGAUGGGCUAUAUUCUAUAUCGAAUGCUGGGGAUACACCAUCCUCGACAGGACAUCACGCUCACAACAUAUCUGGCACUGUUGGCGGCGCUCCCAAUUCCAAUACUAGCACUGCUAGCGGACAUACAAGCAUGCACUUUGACCAUGCGGGCCGCGCUGCGCCUGCUACACCAGCGAACAUGAGCAGUACCGGCAGCCUAUCACCCUAUCGGGGCGGCUCAUCAGAUCGGCAUCAUGCUGGUGCACAGUCAAGCAGUUCCCACGGCCUACACAACUCCGUCAUGCGAACUGUCGUGUCAAGUGGGAACGAUGCGUUGAACAUUCUAUUCCAAGCUGCUGCACAGGAACAGGACAAUGAAAUGAUGGAUGUCGAAUCUACCGAUCGUCAACCAUCUAUAUCGAAAGACGGUGGUGCUGGGGAUGAUUCCCAUGCGGGAAUGCGUACAUACGAUACCCCAACGUCAACUACUUCGUACGGAGGGUCCCCUACGUCUGACCCAACGCAUCUAUCUCACGUCGAACCAGAGGUUUUGGCUGUCUGGGAUCAAUGCCGCUUUGUUAAGAUGGGCUGGUUCUCAUCCCGGGAGGCAGUGACUUAUGUUGAUAUGUUUUUCAAGAAUAUGGCUCCUCUAUCUCCUAUCCUUUCACAUUUCUACUCUCAUCAUAGAAAUCACUACUGGCUCAUCUCCCAGGAGCCUGUGCUAUGCUGCACGAUUCUCAUGAUCUCAUCACGAUACCAUACCCUACCCGGAGUGGGUGGAGCAUCCCGGGGAUUCUUUAUUCACCAAAGGCUCUGGCAGCACUGCCAACAUUUAAUAAUGCGUGUGAUGCUCGGCCAGGAAAAAGGCUCCAAAGCCAAGACUCGCACUGUUGGAACCAUUGAAGCCCUUUUAGUGAUGUCGGAAUGGCAUCCACGGUCCCUCCAUUUCCCACCUGAGAGUGAUGGAUGGGACUCAGAUUUGAUGAUGGAUACCAUGCCUGAACACCACGACUCUACAAGCCCGGACUCCUCGGUGUCUGCAUCGAGCAGAUGGUUAGAGGAUGUUAUUGAGCCUGCGCGUCGUUCAGAUCGAAUGUCAUGGAUGUUACUUGGCUCUGGUCUAACCCUAGCACAUGAACUUGGAAUCUUCGAUACGGACGACUCACGAGCGAGAAGCCUUAUAUCGAGCCCUGAAGGAGAAAACCGGGGCUUCCCAGUGGAAGAAACCAUGAAUUUCCCUCGCCAUCGUAUACGCCAGUUGCUUUAUGUUUUUAUCAACCAGUUAGCCUCCCGAUUAGGGUGCAUGUCCCUGAUGCCGCAAAGCUUGAACCACUCCAUAGUUGCACCAUCGUCACUAAAUACCGGUAUUGAUGAGUGGCAGACUUUUAUGAACUCGUGGAUCGAGUUGACGAAACUAGCAAAAUCUGUUACGGACAUGUUCUUCCCAUCUGCAACGUUCACACGGCAACAGCUGCAUAGUGGCCGAUAUAUUGGGCUACUAGAUCACUUCCGUCCAUUGCUAUCUCAAUGGCGGCAGAAGCAUCUAGACACUAAACAUCUUUCGCGGCCGUUCUGUGACAUGAUAUUUAUUGAAUAUCAAUUUGUCAGAGUCUACACUAACUCCAUCGGCAUGCAGGCGGUGGUGGAACGUGUACUCAAUGAGUCAGAUCCCGACGUUGUAAUGGAUGACGUUCGCCAGGCGAACAUGGACGAAAUCGACUAUGAAUUCAUUCAAGAAGUCAUCGACGGAUCAUGCAGUUUAUUGCAGAAAGUCACCACACUCGCUGAGAACGGUGCUCUCCGGUUCUCUCCGGUCAGGAUCUUUUUACGCAUCACAAGCUCAUCAAUAUUUCUUCUGAAAGCACUAAGUUUAGGCGUUCGUAACGCCAAGCUCCAAGAGUCUUUAGAUAUCUUGACCAAGAGCAUUCAAGCUCUACGAUCUAGUUCAUUGGACGAUAUCCAUCUGGCAUCCCGAUAUGCGACCCUGCUAGAUUCUCUACUCUCCCGACUACGACGAAGCUUUGUUCUGUCAAAUAAGAAUCCGAAAGUUAGCCGGUCAACAACUCGCCCAUCAUCCGUUACCCCAUUGCCAAAGACCCAGAAUCCAUCCCCUGCAACCCAAGGUCUGCAAGCAUCGCCACAACAGCCACAGCAGCAGCAACAGCAACAGCAGCAAUUGCCUCAUCCUCUACAGCAAACCCAGGUACAACAAUAUUCUCCCGGAGAAGUUAGCUCUGUCCCUAUGAACUCCUCCCUUGACGUAUCGAACAAUCCAGUCUUUGAGGAUCCAAUCUCUUCACUGAAUGACAUAAGUGCCGAUGACUGGUUAUCGCUACCAUUUGAUCCAUCGAUGGCACCUUUUGGAGACGGUGGCAACCAGGCUUGGUCCGGCUUUGAAGGGGCCAAUUUGAACUUCAUCUGGAACCUGCCUUCUUGA